UUUCCAAGCGACAGAGAUCAACAGAGACACAGAAACAAAGAGUUCUCGUAUAGGUUAUGGAAUGGAAAGAGAGCUAAACCUGAAAAGCCUGAAUACACACCCAAGUACCUCAUCUCAGCGUAGAAACAUUAUUGCUGUGGAGUAGGAGACCAAAAAAAGUGUGAUGACGUAGGCAUGUGCGUGUGUGCCCCGGUCACUCACAGCUCCUUCUAAUUUGACCAGAGGAGAGCUGGCCUAGCAGAGGAAACAGCUCAGCUGUUUUUUUGCAUAUUACAGGGUGAAGUCCUAGUACAGCUCAAAUCCUUGGAGCAUAAAUGGAUUCAGAACAGAAAAAUCCCACCAGCUCUUCAUGCUGUUCCAUGAAAAGUGACAACUCAAAAGAAGAAUCUUUAUUUUUCAGCAAGGGUGAAAGGAACGUAAUUCCAUCUGGAACAAUGCUCCCCGAUAGUGGACUACAGGAAAAAACUGCAGACUGUGACCUCAGACUACCACCACUAAUUGAAGACUGGACCAGAGAACAUGUGAAAGAUUGGCUGGUGAUUACACUUAGGGUACCGAAUUAUGUUGCACAGAGCCUCUAUGAACAAGAGUUUUCAGGGGCUUGCUUGGCCUCCUUUGAAAAACAAGACUUGUUAGACUUAGGUGUUCCACUUGCUCCAGCAAUACAAAUUAUUAGACAAGUUGCGAAAUUAAGGAGGAAUUCAGAAACAUUUAAUUUAAGUGCAAGAUUAUCAAAAAGUUAUUAUACUGAUGAAUUUGUUGAAACUAAAACAGUGUCAUCAGAUUCGGGAAUCCAAAGCGAAAGCUCUGUAUUUGUUGAAGACACAUUUCAGACAGGAAGAGACAGAAUUAGAUCAGUAACAGAUCAAAACACAAAGAUCCAUGCACAGUUUGAUAAUGAAAUUAUUGACAACACAACAGAGCUACAACUUAGGCGACCAAUGUCUCAAAUUCGUCCCUUUGACAAAAAUAUUUUCUCCACAAUCUACACGGAAAAUGAAAUUUUUCCACCUGCAGCUGGUCCAACUAAUCUCCUCGACCCAAUCCACGAGUACCAACUUCUGCCUAAUGCAUCUGAAGCUGAUGAAAGAGAAAUCUUAUAUGAAUUCACAAGGGAAGUGUUUAGCUUUGCUGCAAGCUGCAUGAAUUCACGAACCAAUGGAACUAUUCAUUUUGGGGUUAACAACCAACAAGGACCACAACAUGGUCAGGUUAUUGGACACACAAUCACCUCUUUCAAUAAGUAUAUUGAGGCAUUUAAAUUAUCAGUGAGUGAAUAUUUUGACGAACAACAUGUAAACGCUGCUAGAAUGUGCGUCAGACCUCCUACUUUUAUACAAGUUUGCAAUCAAGAUGGAACAACUUCAGACAAAUGGGUUGUUGAGGUUGAUGUAGUUCCAACAUAUUCAGAGACUCAGCACAUUCUUUUUUAUACUCAACUGAGUAUUACAACAGCAGAAACAAGUCAGCAAUGCAAAACUGACUGCCUCUUCGUCAGGGAUGGCCCAAGGUCAAUCAACAUUUUAGCAGACACAAACCAUCGGGUGGUUCAAGAGGAAAUGAAAAGCUUGACAGAGAAAGUGAAGCACUGGGCAUCAGCACGCAAGUCAGCAGAAGAAAAGAAUGAGAAACUCCAACCACAAGGCCACCAGGGCCAAAGACUAAAGCAGCUCAUAACCCGUGGAAGAGAUUCUUUUGAUAAUUCCCUGCAAGUCAUUGCAGUUACUGACAAAUGCCAUUCAAGUCAACUGGAGCACUUAGAUUUUCUAAGUGAGAUGAAGUUGUUUGUUGUUCUUGAGUUUGACCCAGAAUCUGAUGUAAAUGGAACAUGCAGUUUUUACAGAAGACACCACACAGCCAAUCUGCACUACCCACGAAUGUAUACCACUCAAGACAGUUUGACUGCAACCAUUAGAAAGCUAAACUUGUUUAAACAAACAAGCUGGAUUUUCUGCAAUGGAAAGGUAAAUGAAGAUAGUGAGGCAGACAAGCCUCUCGCACCCAGUGAAUGGCUUAAGAGACGCUCUGGUGAUAUCAGCAACUUGAUAUCUCUGCUUUGUAAGACAGAUUUGCUUUCCAAGGAUAGACUCCUGGUGAUAUUUAUUCUUCACUCUGCAGAAACUGACAUCUCAAGCCCUCUUCUGGAGACAUUCUGUGCCAUCUAUCGCACGCUAGAAGGAGCUGAUAAUAUUGUGUGCAUAUGCAAAGAUGCCAAUAUAUUCACUGAGUGGAAAAGGCUGGUUGAGUAUCGGUGUAAGGAAGACAUCACCAGUAAAUGCAUUUAUGAGCUAAGUCUGAAUGAAAUUUCCAGCACCAUCAAAAAACUCAAAGAACCUCAAACACAGUCCUCCCAGAGAUACUUGCCAUCCACUGGCUCAAGCUCAGUCCAACUGACAAGAAAAGAUGAAGAGCUUUUCACUGCUUUGGACAUCUUGUGUGAAAAUGAAUGUGAGAACACAGAAAUUGAAACAAUGGAUUCUUUUCAAGAGUUUAAGAAGAAAACAGAGGAAGAUUUUUACAGAGGAGGACAAGUUACAUGGUGGAAUUUUUACCUUUCUGAGCAGACUGGGAGUCUGCCUUUCAUCAAGCGAGACAAAUACAAUGAGCUAUAUGACUUGAUCACACCUGUUCAAGGCUACACAUCUCUUUGUGUAGUAAUAAAUCUAUUCCAUCACCCAGGAUGUGGUGGAACAACUUUAGCAAUGCAUGUCCUUUGGAACCUAAGAAGAAAAUUCAGAUGUGCUGUUGUUAAAAACAACAUGGAAAGUAAUAAGGAAAUUGCCACCCAAGUCAUGAAUCUUAUGAUAUAUGGCAAACAAGAACAGCCAGGUUAUGUCCCUGUUCUUCUCUUGGUGGACAACUGGGAAGAUGUAACAGACCUAAAACAGUGCAUGAAUGUUGCCAAUAAUAGAAAACAACUUAACAGUCCCAUGGUAAUUAUACUGAACUGUGAGAGGACCCAGUUUCCUGAUGAGAGCUCCAGAAACAGACACUCUGAAAAUGUGUUCAUCAUGAACCAGUUGUCAACUAAAGAGCAGAAUUUGUUUUCUGAAAAACUUGAACAGCUCAAAAUUGACCACAAGAAGCCCGAAACCUUCUAUGCCUUCAUGAUCAUGACAAAUAACUUCAGUGAGACGUACAUUAGAGAUCUGGUGAGCAAUACUGUUAAAGAUCUUGACACUACUACCCAACAGGGUCAAUUAUUAUCCUUCCUAGCUUUGCUGAACACCUAUGUCAAUGGAUCCUACAUGUCCUUGUCUCUGUGUGAAGAACUAGUGGGCAUAAAGGAUGCCCUGUACAAGCGAGAAACUCUUGAUGACAAAAUGAAACCCUAUUCCACACUGCUGAUAACCUUCAGGAUCGAAGAACAUGGCACCUAUCAAGCAGUGCGAUUCUUGCACCAGAUGAUUGCAAGUAUGUGUCUUAAAGUUAUUAAUCAAAAACAUAAACUUUCUCUGUCUGAGAUAACCAUCAACAUUUUGCACGGUGACAGAGUUUACAAGUCAUGCAUGGGAAAGGAUUUUCUGGUCCAAAACAUUCAGAGCAUGCUCAUCACACGCCACAGAAAAGAACAAGGAGAUGACAAAGACACGCAGUUUUCCCCUUUAAUUGAAGAAAUAUAUGCUGAGGAAGGACCUGACAAAACCAAAGAAGUCUUAGAAAGAGCCACAGUGAGGUUUGACAGAAGUGCAACACUGCCGCAAGCACUGGCAAGAUACUUCUGCUUGAAAGAAGAAGACUUCACAUCAGCCCUGCAUUGGGCUUUGGAUGCACAAAGUAAAAACCAAAAUUCCUACAUUGCAGAUACAGUUGGACAAGUUUAUAAGACCAACCUCAAAAAGAAAAUCCAAAAUUGUGUAACUCCUGAAGAAUAUGAUGAAUGCCUAAUAUUGGGUGUCAAAGCUGUAAAAGCAUUCCAGGAGUCACAGGAGCUUGCUAAAAGAGAUGAACAAGUAGAUCCUUUUGAUCUGCAUAGCAGAAAGAGAUCAAAAUCCUACAAUACAUCAGGCUAUGUUGGAGAGACAGAAGUAAUGAUUAUCCUUCUUGACAAAAUUAAAGAUCUUCCACUCUCUGUCAGUGGCAGAUAUAAAAGAGAUAAAAUGCUUCAGUUUCUCAAAGGGCACCUUGAAGAGAAAAAUCUAUAUGAUUACAGCAACACAACUACCAAUGAAUAUGUACGUGUUCUGGCAGAACACAAGAAAUUUCUUGUCUCCUUGAGGCCAAGGCUGAAAGAAAUGUUCAGUUUUUUUGAGAAUUAUUUUACAUACCUGAAGCCUAGGUCAAAGCAAAAGGAAAUGGCUGAUGAAAGAAAUAAACAAAAAGUAGAUGAGCACUUCAGCACGUACAUCCAAGUCUUCAGUAGUUCAGAGGAGGAGAAAGCAUCCGAAAAGGCCAGAAACCCCAAUCUAAGUCUCAGGCAGGAAAUACUGGACCAGAAGUUAAACCUGGAAACAAAGCGUGCAGACACAUUUGCUGGAAUUUUGCAGCUUUGCUUGAAAGAUAAACCAAAUCGAGAUGAAAUGGAGGACAUUGUCAAAAAAUGGACUUUUAUCUAUGAAAAUUCAUCAUUUGUCUCAGAUACAGUAAACUUCAUUUUGGCAAACAUAGUCUUGCACAGCAUCAAGCCGUCUUCAAAGUUGGUGAAAAAAUAUGAAGAGCUGGUUGAACUUCUGAAUGAGGAACUGCAAAAAGCGGGCACCCGUUCAAAUCUAACAGAACUGUACUACCUCUCCAUGCUGCUCCUGUGGCCUACAAAAGACAAAAAGCUCGAAAGCUUUGCAGCAUACCAAAAUAUCAGCACAUAUAUCACAGCAGCCAAGAAAUCCUUCCAUCAGCGCUUCUCUUACAUGUUUCCAGCAAGGAGUACUAUAGCUCAUUUCUUUCUUGGAAAGUCCAGUGGACUAAAGCGAAUAGUUUCUAAAGCAAAACUUGAUCAAAUUCUGCUUCGUGUUUUAAAGCAAGACUCUUCCAGCAGUGAGAGUACUCAUUCAAGAAAUCUGCACCAUCUUUGGCAGAGUGGUGCGGCAUGGAACCAGCCAGAGGUGCAGAGGGAGCUGUUAAGGAUCAAAGGAAAAUCAGAAAAUGGUGAAAUUUAUGUUAACUUUGGAGCCAACCUAAAAAUAUUGGUGCGCCCAGUUUACCUGGGUGAUAUUCGAAGUGGAUACAGUCAGGAGGAAGUAUCCUUUUACCUUGGAUUCACUAUGGAAAGCCCUGUGGCCUAUGAUGUUAAGUAUGUAAAAAACUAGUGAAUGUAAAAACACAAUGUGCUAGGUUAAGACUGUUUCCUUGUCUGGCAACAGAAAUGGCAACAUGGGAAGAAGACACAAGAGGAAAGGCUCAUUAGAGAGUAAAAUGGCUAAAAUAGUGAAAUAGGCAAAUUUUACAGUGUCAUAAAUACUUACAAAAGUUUCUUUGGGGUAUCAUACAUAUUUUUAUGUUCAGUACUGGGCUGAUCACCGCUGUUGUUGGUGGAAAAAUUUACCCGGUCAAACAAUCCAAAAAUAAUAUGGCAAUGUGUGACAUUUGAUUGUUUAGGAAGAGGAGAAAGUUGUAGGAGUGAAACUGGCGGGAGAGAGCGAUCGAUAUUGAUAUCAAGUUUUAAGACCAGAGAGAUUUAGUGUGUUUGCAGUGUAAUUAGUGUGUAGUGUGGUCAUUUUUGUUUUGUGUGUCAAAACAAUGAGAGCACUACUGAAUAUCUCAGUUGCCAGCCAAAAGUCACCAAAGGUAAAUUACAAUGUAAACGCUGUGUCCAGGUCUGCAGGUUUUAGCCCCGUGGUGUGCUCCUCUGUCUUGUGGUGAACAGUAACAAUUUUUCGACUGGCACAAAUAAUUUGUAUGGUAUAAUAUUGUGACGUGUAAUUGUUCUGUAAUUUUCAUCUUAGUAGUAGUUUUAAACCGUUGUACAAAAACACACCUGAGGCAUUGGCUGCAUUUUUAGGUAAAUAGUUGCAUAUAACUUAGCUGUUUGAAAAACAUGUACAUGAUUUUAUUUAAAAUUUUUAUUUGCAUUCCAAGUUAUAAAAAUGAUUCAUUAAACAUGUUUAUGGUUUU